AGUUCACCUCGCUUAUCAGUUGACGCUGCCUUGACAAUAAUUUAUUUGCUGAGGCGCGGAAGUCCCUUGUUUGUGUCUUGUUUGUGCGUAAAAAGCGCGGCGGUUGCGCAUCCACACCUCUCAAACGAACACAGGGGAGGAAGGUGGGUCAUCUGACACAGAUAUAUAGCAGCACGCCGGGUUCACAAAGGUGUCAGAAAGUCUUGAUACUCACGUAGUGGAGGACAUGUCUCACAGAAGAGAGAACGGAGCAGCCAAAGAUGCCACGGCUCAGAACUUUCAACUGGUUUUGUACAAAGGCUUCAAGUUGAUCAAGGGGAUCCAUGAUCCAGAUGAUGUGAACCAGAUUUACGACCUGGAGAUCAGAGACUCGGAUGUGUUUGUUGUCACAUACCCGAAAUCAGGAACCAUCUGGAUGCAGCAGAUCCUGCUGCUCAUUGAAGCUAAGGGGGAUGUGAAGGCCAUUAGUAAACAGGGCAGCUACUCCAACGCUGCUCUCGUCCCCUGGAUUGAGCUAAACGGCAACAGGGAGGCGUUCAUCACGGCCCCAUCACCCAGGCUGAGGGUCACACAUCUGCAGUACCAGUUCCUGCCCGCUGCUCUGAGCCAGAAGAAAGGCAAGGUGAUCUACGUGGCGAGAAAUCCCAAAGAUGUUCUUGUGUCUUACUUCCACUUUCACAAGCUGGCAAACAUGUUGGAAACGCCAAAAGAUUUUGACGACUUCUUUGAAAAAUUCCUGACAGGAGACGUGUCUGCUUGCUGCUGGUUUGAGCACAUUAAGACUUGGUACUCGCACAAGGAUGAUAUGAACAUGCUGUUCAUCACUUAUGAAGAAAUGAUUCAAGACUUACCGUCGGUGGUGGAGAGGAUCUCCGUGUUCCUGGGUAAAGAACUGACGGAUGAGCAGCUGGUAAAUGUGGUGCAACACAGCAUCUUCAGCAACAUGAGAAAGAUCCCCCAGGCCAGCUAUGAGGGGGCUCAAGGCAACCUGCUCAACUCCCACCAGGGAAGAUUCAUGAGGAAAGGCAUCAUCGGCGACUGGAAGAAUCACUUCACUGUGGCUCAGAACGAGAGAUUUGACGAGGUCUUUCACAGAGAGAUGAAGGACUUCCCACUGUCUUUCAUCUGGGACCAGGGACAAUGAGCGAUCAACGCAUUUGCAGCUUAGAAGCAAUAAUGAUAUACACAGAAGAAAAAAACUAAACAGUAAAUACUGCACCUUUUUCCAUCACACAUGUGCCUGUCGCAAAAUGUUUGGUUGAUUAGACAUUUGUAUAUAUAUAUUUAAAAAAAAAAAAAAAAAUCCCCACACACAUUAACAUAAAUCCAACAUAUUUCAGUAAGGCACAAUGUAUAAUGUAUGUUUUAUAUUUAUUAUGUUUACUGCUGUUGCAUACCCACCCUACUGCCUACUGUGAAUAUUUGAACCUGUGUAUUAUUUGAAUAGCUUACUAUUGAAUGCAAAAAUGAUAAUAAUAAUAAUGUAGACCAAGUUUAAUAUAGAACACAUAUAGUAGGUAGGGGUUCCCUACUUAAUCCCUCCAUCGGUUUGGGGUCCUUGGCCCCUGUUAAUUUAUAAUUUUUUUCCUUUUGUAAAGCUCAUUACUACGACAAUGACUACUUACUACUAACAAUACUACUAUUAAUAAUAAUAAUAUUAAGAGCUGGACGUGCCGUGUUCGGGGCUUUUAACCAGGACAACCUGAUGAGAAGUGGGCAACUGGAACAAGAACCAGACUUAUGGCAGAGAGCUGAGAACAGGGAACUGGUGGAACGCUACCACAACGCUAACCCCGGUGAGAGGGUUUAUAAUCAGAGGACGUGGGACCAACAGAAGCUUCAAAGCAUCUAGACUAGACCAAAAAUGAUGAAGCUGCUCGGAUGGGUCGCGAAACGUCCUCAAGAAAUUCUACAAGUCGCGUCGCCUUUAUUCAACACCUUCUGGAUGACAUGACCUGACCUGGAUGACUGAGAACCUUCACAGACAUCUAGACUAGUAUCCCACCAACCAAGCCACAAAUAACAAGCCAGUACAAGGUCGACACAUCACAGCCAAACAGCUCAACCUUUGUUUCAUCAGAACAGAGGUAGUUUUAACAUUGAGAGAUUUAGUUUUUUAAAUUUUUUUAUUAUAAGACAGUUUAGGAACAGGCUCUUUGAAGGAUAUGUCAGUGUUGGACAUGUUCUCACUGGUGAUACAGAUAUUUUUGUACCUGUUUCCUUUAGUGUUUUCACUGGUGUUUGCAAAUUGGAAGGAUGAACCAGACGAGAGGAGGUGAAAACAUUUCUUGCCUGUGUCAAUUGUUUAAAAAGGACGUCAAAUAUCAGAAUCUUUUAAAAGACAGAAUGUUUGUGGGUUUUCCAAGUUGUUAAAAGCAACUGAGUGCAUGAUAUAAUCUAAGCUAUAGACUGUUGUUUGAAAAAAAAGAAAGAAAAAUAGUCGUACCUAGAUGUCCCCCUUAAAAGUAUUCUUCAGUGUAUAUUAACUUCUAACUUCCAACUUCCAGCAGCAUGCAAAAAAAAAAAUACACAC